AUGGUAGAAGCACAUCGAAACUGUGGCAAUGUUAUACCUUUGAGUGAAGCUUCCAAAAAUAUAAAAUCCUCCCCUAUUAUUGAAGAAUUGUCCGCAGAAAUUGAAAAUAUAAUUAGUACAGUCGACAAAUUGUUACAAAAUGGAAACGGAAACUUGCGGGAGAUUGAAAACCAAGAAAGGGAAAUCUUAGAUAGUUUAUCAAAAACGAAAAAACAAGCAACUGACACUUUCGAUAAAGCAGACAAAUCUUUGAAGAAAGACCUUGCGAAAGAGAAGAAAGUUAUUGAAGAAAAAGUAAAAGCUCAAGAUGCAACUAUGAUACACAUACAAAAGGCAACAGAAGUUAGUGACCAGGAACUCAAGUUUGUUGAACGUUUUGCAUCAGAUGUUCAAGGAUAUCAUCAGCUACGAAAAGUAAAGCAGGAUCUCCGUACAAAAGCAGAUGAAUUAGAAACAUCCAUUUCUAAGAUAACUAAAAUGUCAAUGAAGUAUGACAAUGCAACAGAUUGGUGUAUGAAGUCUCUUGGCAGUGUCAGUGUAGAAGUGGUACCAUGUCCUAUUGUAUAUAAUUCUUUAUACCAGACUUCAAAACCGGAAGUUUCCGCUUCUGCUCCUCCUCCUCCAGUUCGAAUGACAAAAGAACAAACAAUUUUGGAUCAUGCGGAAGAAAAUACUGUAAACGUACUAGAAAUACCAGUCGCUUCAAUAAGGAAAGGUUUGAAAAUUAAAAGUGGACAAUUUUCUGACGUGUUUAAAGGUACAUGGGCGUCUGUAAAAGUAGGACGAUCUAAAGAGGUUGUCGUAAAAGAAGCAAAGGACAACGAAGCAGCCCUUACACACUUAAAAUCACAGAUCAACAUCCUAGCUACAUGUAACCAUACAAACAUAAUCACUCUUUAUGGAAUUUGUGUAGGACCUCCCGUUUCCAUGGUGAUGGAAUUUAUGACGCAAGGAAACUUAUCGCAGUUUCUAGGGAAAAUGGAUAGACAGUCACACUAUAUAUCAGAAAGACUCGAAGAACUGGCCUCUAUUGCAGUGCAGGUGUGUAACGGGAUGGAAUAUCUUAAUUCUAAAAGAAUUGUCCAUACAGAUCUGUCUGCAAAAAACGUCUUGAUCGCUGAUGGAAUAAUAGCUAAAAUCACUGGCUUUGGAAUGGCCAAAAUUCUAAUCAAUGGAGAUACAUUCAAAAUGGAUGCAGCAUUUCCUGUACCUAUUAAAUGGACAGCACCAGAAGUUCUUCUUGACAAAACAAUAUCCAUAAUGUCUGACGUCUGGUCAUUUGGAAUAUUAAUGGUUGAAAGAAUAAUGCUUGGACAAGAACCAUACCCUAGAAUUAAGAAACAAGACCUUAUUCCUAUGAUGAAAUCAGGUUAUCGACACCCUCAACCUGAAGAUUGUUCAGAUUUGAUUUACGAUAUUUUACUUCGCUGUUGGAAUGAGGAUCCUAACGAGAGACCAACAUUUGAUUUUCUUUACAAUAUCUUCGAUACAGUAGAAGUAAUCAAUGAUGACGACAUGGGAAGCGACGAUCUAAUGUCAAUUGCCAGUAACGAAGAGGAAAAUUUACCAAGCAGCUUUGGCAAUUUACACGAAUACAUACUUCCUACACAACGUAGCAAAAGUAAGAAAAAACAAUAA